AGUCAUGAACUUUCGGCUAAUCUUACCAUUUUGUUAAAUGUUACGUUUUUCCGUAAUUAAUUUUAUGCCUAAAUUGUAAGUUUUAAAUAUGCACUCUUUAAAGUCCAAAUCUUUAUCUCUUUCUCCUAUUAUAUUCUAUGGGCAGUGGGCCUCUAGCUUCUAAUAGCACCCUUCCUCUGCACUUUCAUGGCCACCUUACCCAUUUAUAGAGAAAGACUCAGAUCUUGAACUCACCAGUUGUUUGCAGAUAUGGGUUUUCAGAUUUGGCUGAAAGGGUUGUGUUUUGUGGUGUCACUCUUUAGUUACAGCUUUGUUUUUGUAAUUUCUCAAACUGUAGUGGCUGGAGAUGGUAGUGUAGUAGAAGGGACUGUUUUUAUAAAUGGAAGAACUUCCAUUGGAAAAAUUGAUGAAGAUUUCAUUUGUGCCACUUUAGAUUGGUGGCCUCCUGAGAAGUGUGAUUAUGGAACAUGCAGUUGGGACCAUGCUUCUCUUAUUAAUCUGGAUCUUAAUAAUAAUAUCUUAUUAAAUGCAAUAAAGGCUUUUUCACCAUUGAAGAUCAGAUUAGGAGGCACUUUGCAAGAUAAGGUCAUAUAUGACACUGAAGAUAACCAAGAACCCUGUAAGCAAUUUGUUAAAAGUACUUCUGAGAUGUUUGGUUUCACUCAAGGCUGCUUACCCAUGUAUAGAUGGGAUGAAUUAAAUGCCUUUUUCAAGAAAUCAGGGGCUAAAAUUAUAUUUGGAUUAAAUGCUCUUGCCGGGCGGUCCAUACAACCUGAUGGUUCUGCAGCAGGGGCUUGGGACUAUACUAAUGCUGAAUCUUUUAUAAGUUAUACUGUCAAAAAGAACUAUUCUAUUCAUGGUUGGGAGCUUGGGAAUGAAUUAAGUGGAAGUGGAGUUGGAACAAGAAUAGCAGCUAAUCAAUAUGCUUCUGAUACGAUCUCUAUGUAUAAGAUAGUGCAAAAAAUUUAUAGUGAUAUCAAACCUAAGCCUCUAAUCAUAGCACCUGGAGGAUUCUUUGAUGCAAAUUGGUUCAAAGAGUUCAUUGAUAAAACAAGAAAUUCUAUUGAUGUGAUCACCCACCACAUUUACAAUCUUGGUCCAGGAGUUGAUGAACAUCUUGUUGAAAAGAUCCUUAAUCCUUCUUAUCUUGAUGGUGAGGCUAAUACCUUUAAUGGGCUCCAAAAUACCCUCAAGAGUUCUGCAACAUCAGCAAUUGCAUGGGUUGGUGAGGCAGGAGGGGCUUACAACAGUGGCCGUAACCAUGUUUCCAAUGCUUUUGUCUAUAGUUUCUGGUACCUGGAUCAGCUUGCUAUGGCAUCAACUUUUGAUACAAAAACAUACUGCAGACAGUCAUUGAUUGGUGGAAAUUAUGGUUUACUCAACACAGCUACUUUUGUACCAAAUCCAGACUAUUACAGUGCUCUUCUUUGGCACCGGUUGAUGGGAAGAAAUGUUUUAUUGGCAAACUUUUCUGGGACCAAAAAGAUACGUGCUUAUGCUCACUGUACAAAAGAAUCCAAAGGAAUCACAUUACUGCUAAUCAACCUAGAUAACAGCACUACUGUCCAAGUGAACGUCGCAUUCAACGGUACAGAGAAAUUGCAUCAGAAACACUGGCAUCACAGAUCCUUCAGAUCUCACCGAUCCUUCAGACCUCACAGAUCUCAUAAAACAAGAAUCAUUCAAAUGCAUGAAGGUUCUGCAAGUAGCACUAGAGAGGAAUACCAUUUGACAGCAAAAGAUAGAGAUUUACACAGCCAAACAAUGCUACUUAAUGGGAAGACUUUAACUGUAAAUUCAUCUGGGGACAUACCUAUCUUGGAGCCUAUAAAUGUAAAUUCAUCAACUCCAAUAAUUGUUGCACCUUUCUCUAUUGUAUUUGCUAACUUGCCAUAUGAUAUUCCAGCUUGCAGGUAGGUAGUAUUAGGUUGGAACUGAAAUUGGUUCCUUAUAGUGAUUUGAUUGAUCCAAUAAAAUAGAGAAUACCUGAAGAUGUCACAUUCUUUUUUCUUGGUGAAGAAUACUAUUGAAGUAAUUAACCAAUCAUUAAGCAAUUAUACCUG